GGCCGAAUAUGGCACGUGGAUCUAUUCGAUAAAAGUCACUGGACGAACCGGAGGGAAAGAGCGCCUCAUUCUUAUAUAUCGGAACUCUCUUUCGUGAGAACGGAGAAAAACAAACCCAAAAUUUGGUAUUCAUUUUUCCGAUCAGUCAUGGCCGAGGUUGAGCUGAAAACAGCACCUGCGGACUUUCGGUUCCCUACAACAAAUCAAACUAGGCACUGUUUCACUCGUUACAUUGAAUUUCACAGGUGCUUGGCAGCAAAGGGAGAAGAGUCUGGUGAAUGUGAGAAAUUUGCUAGAUAUUAUCGUUCCCUCUGCCCUGGUGAAUGGGUGGAUAAGUGGAAUGAACAGAGGGAGAAUGGAUCUUUUCCAGGCCCUCUUUGAUUGCACAUCGGCACCCAGAUGACCUCUCUUUGAAAAGAAAAGUUAGAUGAUCUUUUUUAUUGUUUUGAAGUUGAAGAUGCAUGGUAUUUUGUCUGGAUUUUACUGAAUAAAUAAGGCAACAAUUAAGUUCUCAUCAAAUCUGUUGAAUAUCUGUGCGUCAUUUGUUGCAUAUGGACAAGUUAUUCAUGAACUUGAGAUGGACCUGACAAUUUUUACUGAUGUUCUUAAUUCAUGCUUUUUAUAAUACGCACUCUUCUCUUUUCUCUUCA